AUGGCAUCCAUAUUAGCAAAUGAAAAAGUAUUAGUGACUGGUGGAGGUGAUGCUAGUGGUAAUUACUUGAAUACUGCAGAAUUGUAUGAUCCAUCAACAGAAACUUGGUCAUUAACUGGCAGCAUGAAUGAUGCACGAAAGUGGCACACCGCAUUGUUAUUACCAGAUGGAAAAGUCUUAGUCACUGGUGGAUCUAGUAGUGGUAAUAAUUAUUUGAAUAGUGCAGAAUUGUAUGAUCCAUUCACAGAAGUUUGGUCAACGACUGGUAGUAUGAAUGUUGUACGAAGUGAACACACCGCAACCCUUUUAAAAAAUGAAAAAGUUCUAGUAGUAGGUGGAUAUGGUGGUAUCGAAGGUUAUUAUGAUAGUGCUGAGUUGUAUGAUCCAUCAACAGGAAUUUGGACAAUUACUAGUAGCAUGAAUUCUGUACGAAGUUCGCAUACUGCAUCCCUACUAAAGAAUGGAAUGGUAUUAGUUGCCGGUGGAUAUAGCGGUGGUGAUUUGAUGAAUACUGAUGAAUUGUAUGAUCCAUCAACUGGAACUUGGACCAAUACUAGUAACAUGAAUUAUGCGCGCUUUCAACACACAGCAUCCGAAUUGACAAAUGGAAAAGUGUUAGUAACGGGCGGAUCUGAUACUCUUAGUGAUUGUUUGAAUAGUAGUGAGUUGUAUGAUCCAUCUACAGGAACUUGGUCAAUUAUUGGUAGUAUGAAUUAUGCACGGAAAGAGCACACGGCAUCCAUUUUAACAAAUGGAAAAGUAUUAGUUACUGGCGGUGAUGGUUGUAAUGGUUAUUUAAGUAGUGCUGAGUUGUACGAUCCAUUAACAGACACUUGGGAAACUAUUCCUGACAUGAAUUAUGCACGACUAGAGCACAGUGCAUCCGUACUAUCAAAUGGCAAAGUCUUAGUAACUGGUGGAUAUAGUGAUACUGAUGUUCUACAUACUGCUGAAUUAUAUCAUGUAUUAUCGACAAAUUAA